AUGAAAUGCAAGAAAUGGUCGGAAUCUCGUGUCUAUACGAAUGCUAAUCAGUUGAGAAGCCAGGAAUAUUGGGACUACGAAAACACCACGAUUGAGUGGUCUACGAACAACAAAUUAUAUGAGAUAGAGACCAAGGUGGGAAGAGGCAAGUAUUCAGAGGUAUUUCAGGGUGUUCAAUUGAGUAACAGAAGAAGCAUUGUCAUUAAAAUGUUAAAACCUGUCAAGAAGAAGAAGAUUAAGCGUGAAAUCAAGAUUUUAUCCAAUUUAUCCAAUGAAAGUGAUCCUCCAACAUUGAGAGAGUUUGACGAAGCUGAGUACUAUACGAACAGGAAAGAGAGCGUAAUGGCAUUUAAGAGAUCUUACUUGUACGAUUUGCCUCAUAAUGGACACGAAAAUAUAGUUCAGUUACUCGAUGUGAUCAGAGAUCCUAUUUCUAAGACGCCCGCGUUGGUCUUUGAGCAUGUCAAUAAUGUCGAUUUCCGUGUUUUAUAUCCAAAAUUUUCCGAUUUUGAUAUGAGAUACUACACAUUCGAGCUUUUGAAGGCCCUGGAUUACUGUCAUUCGAUGGGAAUCAUGCAUAGAGAUGUCAAACCCCACAAUGUAAUGAUAGAUCACAAACAAAGAAAAUUAAGGUUAAUAGAUUGGGGUCUAGCAGAAUUUUAUCACAAAAAUAUGGAAUAUAACGUCAGAGUCGCGUCAAGAUUCUUCAAAGGUCCUGAAUUGCUAGUAGACUACAGAAUGUAUGACUAUUCGUUAGACAUCUGGUCUUUUGGGACUAUGCUUGCGUCCAUGGUUUUCCAGAAGGAACCGUUUUUUCACGGAUCCAGUAAUACAGAUCAAUUGGUAAAAAUUGUGAGAGUAUUAGGUAGUGACGAUUUUGAAAAGUAUUUGGCAAAAUACGAUAUAGUUUUGCCCAGAGAGUUCCAUGAUAUGGACCAAUAUAUUAGGAGGCCAUGGCACAGAUUUAUCAAUGACUCUAAUAGACAUUUAUGUGAUAAUGAUGAUAUUAUAGAUCUGCUUGACAACCUGUUAAGAUAUGAUCAUCAGGAAAGACUUACUGCAAGAGAAGCAAUGGGACAUCCAUGGUUCGAGCCCAUAAGGAAAGGAGAAUCGAAAGCUCAGAUCGAUCAUGACUCUUAA